CGAGGUGCUCAAGAGGUGCCCGAGGUCGUCGCCGGCGCACCCUUCAUGGCGGUCGGGUCGUCGGCGCCCGAGUUCUUCACGGUGAUUCGCCCCGCUCGUGACCGAGUCGGACGAGGGCGUCGGCGACAUCGUCGCCGCGCCGCCGUCUUCAACUCGAUGACCAUCGUCGGCUUGACUGGCAUCUUUGCCGGGCAUCUCGACCAGCAGAGGCUAACACCGAGUGCUACACGGACAUCGCGGACGAGAGUGCGGGCGUUCGCGCUGUCACUGUCACGUCUCGGCCCGUCCUCGACAUCGACCCGACCGCCGUCAUCGCCGCUCGAGUCGACCCAGCGUUCGACCCGGCCAUGUGUGCGCGAGAAGCCCUACGCGGCGCUCUUCGGGCUCGUCCCCGCAUCGAGGACGGGCUCUCAGCUCUCAUGAAGGGCGGCGGGCCGUGUCCGGAGGAGGCCCGCGUCGCCAUCUCCGGCAUGCCGGCAGCCCACUUCACCGUCGCCUCCUCGGUCGCUGCCGCUUCCCUCGCAGUACGAGGUCGGCGUACCGUCUGCGCGUACCUGCUCGAAGGCCUACAACCGCACCGCGGCGGCUUGUCGCAGGCGACCACCGAGUGCUACACGGACAUCGCGGACGAGAGUGCGGGCGUUCGCGCUGUCACUGUCACGUCUCGGCCCGUCCUCGACAUCGACCCGACCGCCGUCAUCGCCGCUCCAGUCGACCCGGCGUUCGACCCGGCCAUGUGUGCGCGAGAAGCCCUACGCGGCGCUCUUCGGGCUCGUCCCCGCAUCGAGGACGGGCUCUCAGCUCUCAUGAAGGGCGGCGGGCCGUGUCCGG